AUGUCGCUUGUAGUCCUGCAACAUCCGCUAGUUCCGGUAAACGAGCAGGUUGUGAACUCUCUUCCGCCAUUACCACCACCACUAAAUCCAACACAUCUAGCGAUCCAUAACACUAAAAAGAAAUCUUCACCACGAUGGCGAGUUAUUCUACUAUCCACGUUCAUUGCCGUGAUUUUUCUGGUCCUAAUCUUUGCCAUUAUUGCUUUGUUAGUGUUUGGAUCAAGAUCAGCCACGCCAUAUCCGCGAAUCAUCCGAGAUGAGACGAUAUCGUAUGAUGUACCGUCGUUGACCUCACCGCUUUUCUCAAAGAAGUAUGAAGUGGAUAUUUCUCCGAAUCAUUUGCUCACAUUGCUUAUCACUAAGCGAAAAAUUUGCCUCUUUGAGGCAAGUACUGGAGAUGAAGCUAGAAGCAGGGAACAAUUCCUAACGGAACACAUUGAAACAGCUCAGUUACUCUACCAUUCGAAUCUCAGCCAUUCCGGUGUCCCUGUUCAUCCGCUUCAAUUUCAAAGGUACACUAGAUCACUAGGUGUGGAUAAUGACUGCCAUGUAGUGAUCUAUGAUCGUGGACAAAUGAUCUGGAGCACGUAUGCUGCUUGGAUUUUCAAGCUCUUCGGACAUCAGAGAGUUUCGAUAUUGAGCGGAGGAUUUUUGGCAUGGAAAACACAAAUGGCACGAUCGGCUCAGUAUCAUACGGAUAGCGGUGAGGAGGAACCGCCAGGACAAGGGGACCUUCUCACUUCGUGGAAUCAUUCGUUGGUGAUUACAUUCGAUGAUGUGCUCCUGAACACAGAGUUGCACACCUAUGACGUUGUGGAUGCACAAACUAAGCAGGAAUACAUGGGUGAAGCAUCCGGUGCCUUGUACGGUCACAUUCAAGGAGCAGUGAACAUUCCUAUUGAUACUAUGUAUGAUUGGAAGACCAACAAAUGGAGGUCGGCUGCAGAGAUCGAACAAACAUUCGGAGAAGCUGGACUUAGUCGCAAUAAACCAGUGAUAGUCUAUUGUUCCACAUCGCUUCGUUCCUCAAUGUUGUGGUGGGUUUUGAAACGUAUGAAUUACGACGCUCGAGUAUACUUUGGCGGAUGGCCGGAAUGGGUGGUUCGAGCUCCGGACGAUUUGAAAGUUCUUGGACGAAAUUCUUUCGCUUGA